AUGUGCCACUCUCUUGAGGAUCAGUUAAUCGAGUUGAAGACCAAGAAUGAGGAGAAUGUACGUCAGCUCAAUGAUAUCAGUAAUCAAAAGUCCCGUCUCCAAACUGAGAAUGGUAAACAUCCUUCCUUUUACAUGUGGAGGAGAAACAAACAUAAACACUACCUAAACACUUAUUCUAAUGUUUAUUUGAUUCUGUAGGGGAAUUUAAUCGGACAAUGGAGGAUAAGGAAGGUCUCAUUUCACAACUGACAAGAGCCAAGCAUGGGUUCACCACACAAAUAGAUGACCUGAAGAGACAUCUUGAUGAGGAAAUAAAAGUAAGAUCACCUAGUAUUGUUACCAUACUACAUUGAAUACAUUGAAAAUCUUACUAUGCCCAAUACCUACUUUACACUGAGUAUACCAAACAUUAGGAACACCUUUCUAAUAUUGAGUUGGUGCCCAUUCACCCUCCGAAUGGCAAACAUACACAAUCCAUGUCUCAAUUGUCUCAAGGCUUAAAAGUCCUUCUUUAACCUGUCUCCCCCCCUUCAUCUACACUGAUUGAAGUGGAUUUAACAAGUGACAUCAAUAAGGGAUCAUAGCUUUCAUCUGGAUUCACCUGGUCAGUCUAUGUCAUGGAAAGAGCCUAAUGUUCCUAAUGUUUUGUACACUCAGUGUAUACUGUUUUCAUCCCAAGGCUAAGAAUGCCCUGGCCCAUAGUUUACAAUCAGCACGUCACGAAAGCGACCUCCUCCGAGAACAAUUUGAGGAGGAGCAGGAGGCCAAGGUUGAGCUGCAGCGGAGCAUGUCCAAGGCCAACAGUGAGGUAGCUCUGUGGAGAACUAAGUAUGAGACUGAUGCCAUCCAGUGCACUGAGGAACUUGAAGAGGCCAAGUAAUUGCCAACUUUUUAUAGAUUUUCUACUUGUUUGCCAUAAAUUACCCUAUGCAUGAUAUUGACAAAUGAUUGGUCUCACUUUGCGCAGGAAAAAGCUUGCCCAACGUCUCCAAGAGGCUGAGGAACAAAUUGAGGCGGUGAACGCAAAAUGUGCUUCACUGGAGAAGACUAAGCAGAGACUGCAGAGUCAAAUGGAGGAUCUCAUGGUUGAUGUGGAGAGAUCCAAUAGUAUGGCUGCUAACCUUGAUAAGAAACAGAGAAACUUUGACAAGGUAAUAAAAAAGUUUGAUUUGAUUUUUUUCUAAAAGCCUGAACAUUCAUGUAUUGAUGACGAUACAUGGUUUUAGAUUUUAGUUGAUUGGAAGCAGAAGUAUGAGGAGUCACAGUCGGAGCUGGAAAGUGCUCAGAAAGAAUCUCGAUCACAAAGCACGGAUCUUUUCAAAAUGAAAAACUCCUUUGAAGAAGCUCUGGAUCAUCUGGAAACUCUCAAAAGGGAGAAUAAAAACCUGCAACGUAAGUCCAAUUUAUGAAAUGUGACAAUCCAUGACAUAAUAGUCACAACACAUAAAAUCCUUAAGGUUUUACAAUAUCAAAUGACCUGAUAUUGUCUUUUGACAUGUACUGUAUGGCUUUCAAAAUACAGAGGAGAUAUCAGACCAAUCGGAGCAAAUUGGUGAGAGUGGAAAGAGUGUCCAUGAACUGGAGAAAGUCAGAAAACAAGUGGAAACAGAGAAAAGUGAGAUGCAAUCUACACUGGAGGAAGCAGAGGUAACAUUAUUUUUAAAAAUUUACUCAACAGGCACAAUGUUUUUAAAAAAUUACACAAUUAAGCCAAAUCAACAGAUUUUAAGGUUUACAAUAAUCAAUAUACAUUUUCUUUUUGAAGGCAUCUAUAGAGCAUGAGGAAUCUAAGAUCCUCUGUGCCCAGCUGGAGUUGAACAAGGUGAAGUCUGAGGUGGACAGGAAGCAUGCUGACAAGGAUGAGGAGAUUGACCAGCUGAAGAGAAACAGCCAGAGAGUUAUUGAUUCCAUGCAGAGCACUCUGGACGCUGAGGUCAGGAGCAGGAAUGAUGCCCUGCGAGUUAAGAAGAAGAUGGAGGGAGACCUCAAUGAGAUGGAGAUUCAGCUGAGCCAUGCUAAUAGGCAGGCUGCUGAAGCCCAGAAACAACUGAGGAAUGUCCAGGGACAGCUCAAGGUGAGUGCUGCUGCGUUUUGCAACAUUAAGAUGGUGUGCAUACCUAAUAGGCAUUGAUAGCCAUGGAUGUGACAGUAGGUUAAAUUGAAUUGCAAAUGAGUGCCUAGGGUUUCAGUUAAAGUUGAUCAUUAAACCAUUCCAGGAUGCUCAAUUGCAUCUUGAUGACGCUGUCAGAGGACAGGAUGAUAUGAAGGAGCAGGUCACCAUGGUGGAGCGCAGGACCGUCCUGAUGCAUGCUGAGAUUGAGGAACUCAGAGAAGCCUUUGAGCAGGCAGAGAGAGGCCGCAAAGUGGCCGGGCAGGAGCUGAUUGAAGCUAGUGAGCGAGCAGGGCUUCUCUACUCCCAGGUUGGUUGUGUGAUAUGAUUAAUCAAACCUGACAGUUUACUCACUUUACAAUUGAACUAAACCUCUCUAUUCCAAAUAGAACACCAGCCUUUUGAACACCAAGAAGAAGCUUGACACAGACAUAACUCAACUUCAAGGAGAAGUGGAAGAUGCUGUUCAAGAGGCAAGAAAUGCAGAGGACAAGGCCAAGAAAGCAAUUACUGAUGUAAGUUCUACAGUCCACAAGCUGUCUCUUUAACACAAACUUCCACAAGCUAAAUGAGUUUCAUUCAAAUCUUGUCCCAUUCUCAGGCUGCCAUGUUGGCAGUGGAGCUGAAGAAGGAGCAGGACACGAGUGGUCACCUGGAGAGGAUGAAGAAGAACCUGGAGAUCACCGUCAAGGACCUGCAGCACCGUCUAGAUGAAGCAGAGAAUAUUGCCAUGAAGGGUGGAAAGAAGCAACUCCAGAAACUGGAGGGCAGGGUAUGUAGCUAAGUUAAUUAUAAAACUGUAUUGCAGACUGAUUUAAAAACAUUGAAAAAAACAUCUCUAUUAUCUAGGUCCGUGAUCUGGAAAAUGAGCUUGAGGCUGAGCAAAAGCGGGGAGUUGAUGCUAUCAAAGGAGUUCGGAAAUUUGAGAGGAGGGUCAAAGAGCUCACCUAUCAGGUAAGAAAUAAGAAUGUAUUAAUGUACCUUAUAAUCAGGAGUUAAAGUCAUAUUGUCACAGAAAUUGGUUGCGUUUCCAUGAUCAUUUUAACAGAGAUGUAUUUAUUUUCCAUUCAUGGGCAUAGCCCUAGCUUCAAAUGAAAUUGCAAUCCACUUAUCGCAUUGUCCUGAAAACAAUUUUUGAAAAAAUAAACUGACACCAGUGAUUUCUUUCAGACUGAGGAAGACAAGAAGAAUGUUACUAGACUCCAGGAUUUGGUGGAUAAAUUACAGAUCAAAGUGAAGGCUUACAAAAGACAGUCCGAGGAAGCUGUAAGCAAAUGACAUACCAAGGACCAUUCUCCACUAGAUUUUGAGUGUUCAAGUGAAGGGUGGGCUCUGGCUGCAAUAAUUAAUGUAGGCUAACCUACAUUGCAUCUCAUUCAAUUGCAGGAGGAGCAAGCUAAUGUUCAUAUGGCCAAAUUCAGAAAGGUGCAGCAUGAGCUGGAAGAGGCUAAUGAGCGUGCUGACAUUGCUGAGUCCCAGGUCAACAAGAUUAGAACCAAGAACCGUGACAUGGGAACAAAGGUAUUGAUAUGUUUGAAGUAUACAGUUUUGUUUUGAGUUCCAAUUCAACACCAAAGAUAAUGGCCUUGUCCCUUCCAAUCGUAAACACUAGAGGGUACUCUGUGAGUGUCUAAAUACAUAUAAGAGCAGAGAAGAAGAGGCGAAGCAAGAGGUUUUACUCCGCCCGAAAUCUGUCCACGAAAAUAAGCCCACCAUGUGAAGGAUUUGGAGUGUCGAAUUUGGUCAACAAAAAAUGUAAUUACUAACUUGCUACGUGAGGCUUAUUUUAUCUAAUAGAAGUUUUGUAAUGGUUAGGUUGUUACAAAUGCACUGAUAUAAGUGGACGCACGUGGCGUUACGGAAACUUGACUUUAUAUCAGAGUUGUGCCUGUUGUCAUAGAGAUAGAUAGAGGAUUAAUCAUGGAUAUAACGCAUUUUAGCAUGGACAUUGACAUUGAGGGCUUCCACCAUUUUAAAGUAGUCAACUGGGUGGGGAUUCCUGUGAGUUUGGAGCAAUCCGCCAAUGGAGAAGAAAAUGUACUACUUUAAAAUUGAGAUAGGAUCAAUGGAGCUGCCCAUGCUGUCAGACUCUAAACUGGCACAGAUACAAAGAUGAGUCCUAUAUCUAUCUCUAUGGCCUGUUGUUUACACGCGUAUCUGCCCUCUCAUAGGCUAGAAUGGUCUCACCUGAGCUCGCCUCCUCCCGCCUGCCUUCCAUCUUUGAGGACAUGUAUUUCAAUUGUUAGAGCAGUCACUUGUAUAUCUUGUCAAUAUAAUAGACAAUAUUUGAUAAGAGCUAUAUAUGAGCAAUCAAUGGAUAUGUGAUUAUGGUCUUAGUAGCAAUCAAACAUUUUUAAUCACCUUUCUUUGCUGCUACAUGCUUUAAUCAGUCUUCUUCAAUACAGGGCCAAGAGGGAAUGGAGGAGUAGCAGAGGUUGUCCCCCAUUGAGUACCAGAAGAUGCAUGCUCUUUGUAUUCACAACUGCAUGAGGUUACUAGGUAGUUACAUUUACAUUUUAGUCAUUUAGCAGACGCUCUUAUCGAGAGCGACUUACAGUUAGUGAGUGCAUACAUGUUUUUUGUUUUUUUUGUUAAUAGCCUAUCAUAGUCCUACCAUCUUGGAUGAAUUGCAAAACCAGUGAUAUGUUAAAAUAGCGUCUCCAUCAUAACAAAUAACCAAACACAUUAUACAGUCAACACAACCAAUCAACUAUUGCAUCAUAUUUUCUAUCAACCAAAACAAAUUGUCAUUCAAACAACAUGUGUGCCCCAUUAAAAUAGUAAUAUAUUAUUUAGUGAGAAAUUCAAAACAUUUUAAUUACAUACAUAUUCACCUCCAUUAAAUAUACACAGGCCAUUCAGAAAUCAAUGAACAAACUAACUUUCAAAUAAUUAAUCAAUUUUCAUUAGCAAUACUAAUAUUGUGCCAAUAUCAUGUUCUGACUCUAACAAAGUUUGAAGUUCCUAAAUAAAUAGCAUUACCUUAAAUUCAGUCAUAUUGUUUUCACCUUUCAUGUUGUACAUGUCCUACUGUAAUUAUACUAGUUAGAACAAAUAAUUCUGUACGAUGAUUAGAAUAUCAAUAAAUAUUACUUAGAUUGAUGGCUCCUUAUGCUGUUCAAUAUCAUACUCAAAAUCAUACCUUGAGCCCCUGACACAGACAAGAUGAAUGACAUGGGAUCUAUCACAUUAUCUGCUGUCCUUGGCCUAGAUAGAAGAUAAUGUCUCAUGUUUUAAGGUCAAGACUGAGAAGACUCCACAUCGUUGUUCAAAUCAAAUGCAGUGUAGGUAGACCUACUGCCUAUAGUCACACCAUGUAAAAGUAGUCUUCACAAACCUAUUCAAUAACAUGGUUUGUUUAAUAUAAUAUACAGCCUAUGGUUUUGCCAAUAAUUUUUCUGCACAUGCUGAAUAGAAAUUGGACUUGACACCGCAGAUGAAUUUACAUUAUUGUUGCUUUCUCAGUCUCUCCCAACUGAGGUCUGUGAAUGUUGUCCUGUGUCGGUGAGUUGAGUCAAACAUGAUCUAUCUAUAGAAACAAAGCCUCAGGAGACGCAAAUAAAAAGAAGCUUCAGAACAGCUGUCACGCAUGAGAGCGGAAAAGCCUCUGAGCUUGUGCAAACUGGAUAAGAUCAAGGUUAAAAGAGUAUGGAAGAACAGGUAGGAUAAUUAAUCUGCCAAGUAGGCCUAUGGAUAUUACCUACUGGGCACACUACGUCAUUUCAACGUGGAUAAUUGGGUAAUAUUUGGUUGAGAUGUUGAUCACUGAUUACAACCUAUAGUUACUAAAAAAGACAGCCAAAAGUUUCCAAUGUGUUAUCACUGUGCUUUCCACCGUCUAAAAGCACAGCAAAGUUAAAAUGGGAAUACAUUGUCUGUCACGGUUUCGGCCGAGGCUGCUCCUUCUCCUUGUUCGGGCAGGCUUCGGCGGUCGUCGUCUCCGGAGUACUAGCUGCCACCGUUCUAUGUUUCUAUGUUUGAUUGGUUUUGUCUGUUUGUUACACCUGUUCAUUGUUAAGUGUUCAUUAUGCGUCCUAUUUAGUUCUCUUGUGUUUGGUCAGGUGUUGUGUGUAAUUGUUCGAUGUCACGUGUAGUAGUUGGUUCGCUGUUCUGUGCUCUCUGUAUUUCGUUUUGUUUGAGAGAGUCCUGCACGUUGUGCGCAUCUACUUUGGUUCUUACCAGUGUGCGUGUGUUUCGCCUGUGGCCUGUUGCCGUGUUUGGCUUGUAUUUUCGGACUUCACUAGAGACAUCUGUUUCGAAUCUCUGUGUGUCCUGCGUGUGAUUCCACGUUACCUCUACACUCAACCCUGACAUUGUCAGACAUUUUGUUUAUUUAUACAACAACUUAAUGUGUUAUCACUGUGCUUCAUCUAAUAGCGGAACCGAUUGCAGUUGAGAUUACAUUAAAAGUACAUGGUGCAAGUGAUCAAUGCCAUUCGAGAUUCUGCGCUUUCUUGAACAUGCACUCUUUAUACUGUAUGAUUACAUAAGAAAACAUUUAUAGUUAUAGGUAGUUACAGUAACCUCAAUGUGGCCGUGGAUAUGUUACUCAUUUUAAGGUUGAAUGUUAUAUUAGCUUGUAAAAUAGCCUUAACUUUAAGCUAUGUACUGUAGUAUUACAAAAGUAAUAUUGAAUUGUGUUUGGUUAACAACAUGAUCAAAUAUCAACAUUUAAAGGAGAUGUAUCUACUGCUUGCAUAGUUCCAUCUGAGCCACUGGCUGAAUCCCAUUGUUUAACUUUUAUUUUUGGUUGAGUUGGAGACAUGAAUCCAACAACAUAUCAUUAACUUCAGUUGUCGACAAGUUAAUAGGCUAUUUAUUGUAUUGCAAAAGUGAUAUUGAAUUGUGUUUGGUUGUCAACGCAACCAAAUAUCAACAUUUGAAGGAGAUGUAUCUUCUGCUUGGAUAUUUGUGCCACUGACUUAGUCUGACAUUAAUUGCAAUUUGUCUACAAAUUGAUAGGCUAUGUUGGAUUCACGUCUCCAUCUCAACCAAAAAUAAAAGUUAAGGAAUAAGACUAAAUCAAAUCAAACUUUAAAUGCACUUUAAAUAAAGUUUGAUUUAAUUUAGUUAUAUUCUUUGACUUUGUUAUGUUUUCUUGUGAAACAAUCAAGAAAUAAGACAAAAAAACUGAAAACUUGAGCGUGCAUAACUAUUCACCCCCCCCCAAAGUCAAUACUUUGUAGAGCCACCUUUUGCAGCAAUUACAGCUGCAAGUCUCUUGCGGUAUGUCUCUAUAAGCUUGGCACAUCUAGCCACUGGGAUUUUUGCCCAUUCUUCAAGGCAAAACUGCUCCAGGUCCUUCAAGUUGGAUGGGUUCCGCUGGUGUACAGCAAUCUUUAAGUUAUACCACAGAUUCUCAAUUGGAUUGAGGUCUGGGCUUUGACUAAGACAUUUAAAUGUUUCCCCUUAAACCACUCAAGUGUUUCUUUAGCAGUAUGCUUAGGGUCAUUGUCCUGCUGGAAGGUGAACCUCCGUCCCAGUCUCACAUUAAUGCCCUCCUUGCCUGGUCCGUGAGUUUUGGUGGGCGGCCCUCUCUUGGCAGGUUUGUUGUGGUGCCAUAUUCUUUCCAUUUUUAAUAAUGGAUUUAAUGUUGCUCCGUGGGAUGUUCAAAGUUUCAGAUAAAAAUGUUUUACCCAACCUUGAUCUGUACUUCUCCACAACUUUGUCCCUGACCUGUUUGGAGAGCUCCUUGGUCUUCAUGGUGUCGCUUGGUUGGUGGUGCCCCUUGCUUAGUGGUGUUGCAGACUCUGGGGCCUUUCAGAACAGGUGUAUAUAUACUGAGAUCAUGUGCCAGAUCAUGUGACACUUAGACUGCACACAGGUGGACUUUAUUUAACUAAUUAUGUGACUUCUGAAGGUAAUUGGUUGCACCAGAUCUUAUUUAGGGGCUUCAUAGCAAAGGGGGUGAAUACAUAUACACCACUUUUCCGUUAUUUAUUGUUUUGAAUUUUUUUAAACAAGUUAUUUUUUUCAUUUCACUUCACCAAUUUGGACUAUUUUGUGUAUGUCCAUUACAUGAAAUCCAAAUAAAAAUCCAUUUAAAUUACAGGUUGUAAUGCAACAAAAUAGGAAAAAUGCCAAGGGGGAUGAAUACUUUUGCAAGGCACUGUAUAGGCUUAAAUAGCAUCAUGGAUGAUAUAUGAGUGGUAAAGUAUGUUCACAUUUCAUUUGCUCUGUUUAACCUACCCAUUUUUAAGUGGAGAUCUCUCACCAAUCAUUCUCAUGAUAGCACAUGGUUAAUAGUAAGUGACAAUUAUCAAAGCUAAGCUGGGCUUUGUUAAAACCCUGGAUGGGAGACCAAAGGGUAGCUGUAGGUAGAUCAAUUCUCCAGUAGGAGGUGCUGCCCAACCUAUUUAUUUUUCUUCUCCUAAUAGUAGAUACAGUGGGGGAAAAAAGUAUUUAGUCAGCCACCAAUUGUGCAAGUUCUCCCACUUAAAAAGAUGAGAGAGGCCUGUAAUUUUCAUCAUAGGUACACGUCAACUAUGACAGAAAAAUUUAGAUUUAUUUUUCAAGAAAAUCACAUUGUAGGAUUUUUUAUGAAUUUAUUUGCAAAUUAUGGUGGAAAAUAAGUAUUUGGUCACCUACAAACAAGCAAGAUUUCUGGCUCUCACAGACCUGUAACUUCUUCUUUAAGAGGCUCCUCUGUCCUCCACUCGUUACCUGUAUUAAUGGCACCUGUUUGAACUUGUUAUCAGUAUAAAAGACACCUGUCCACAACCUCAAACAGUCACACUCCAAACUCCACUAUGGCCAAGACCAAAGAGCUGUCAAAGGACACCAGAAACAAAAUGGUAGACCUGCACCAGGCUGGGAAGACUGAAUCUGCAAUAGGUAAGCAGCUUGGUUUGAAGAAAUCAACUGUGGGAGCAAUUAUUAGGAAAUGGAAGACAUACAAGACCACUGAUAAUCUCCCUCGAUCUGGGGCUCCACGCAAGAUCUCACCCUGUGGGGUCAAAAUGAUCACAAGAACGGUGAGCAAAAAUCCCAGAACCACACGGGGGGACCUAGUGAAUGACCUGCAGAGAGCUGGGACCAAAGUAACAAAGCCUACCAUCAGUAACACACUACGCCUCCAGGGACUCAAAUUCUGCAGUGCCAGACGUGUCCCCCUGCUUAAGCCAGUACAUGUCCAGGCCCGUCUGAAGUUUGCUAGAGCGCAUUUGGAUGACCAGAAGAGGAUUGGGAGAAUGUCAUAUGGUCAGAUGAAACCAAAAUAUAACUUUUUGGUAAAAACUCAAGCAUGGGGGUGGAAACAUCAUGCUUUGGGACUGUUUUUCUGCAAAGGGACCAGGACGACUGAUCCGUGUAAAGGGAAGAAUGAAUGGAGCCAUGUAUCGUGAGAUUUUGAGUGAAAACCUCCUUCCAUCAGCAAGGGCAUUGAAGAUGAAACAUGGCUGGGUCUUUCAGCAUGAAAAUGAUCCCAAACACACCGCCCGGGCAACGAAGGAGUGGCUUCGUAAGAAGCAUUUCAAGGUCCUGGAGUGGCCUAGCCAGUCUCCAGAUCUCAACCCCAUAGAAAAUCUUUGGAGGGAGUUGAAAGUCCGUGUUGCCCAGCGACAGCCCCAAAACAUCACUGCUCUAGAGGAGAUCUGCAUGGAGGAAUGGGCCAAAAUACCAGCAACAGUGUGUGAAAACCUUGUGAAGACUUACAGAAAACGUUUGACCUGUGUCAUUGCCAACAAAGGGUAUAUAACAAAGUAUUGAGAAACUUUUGUUAUUGACCAAAUACUUAUUUUCCACCAUAAUUUGCAAAUAAAUUCAUUAAAAAUCCUACAAUGUGAUUUUCUGGAUUUUUUUUCUCAUUUUGUCUGUCAUAGUUGACGUGUACCUAUGAUGAAAAUGACAGGCCUCUCUCAUCUUUUUAAGUGGGAGAACUUGCACAAUUGGUGGCUGACUAAAUACUUUUUUUCCCCACUGUAUAACGUUGUAGAUAUAACGUAGAUAUCUGACAUUGUUUUAAAGGUACAAAUUCAACAUAUUUUAUACAAGGUUUGUCUAUGUUGACAUUUGGUUACCAUGAUGACGUAAUCAUGUGGUUGAAAUUUCACCCUCAAAAUAACAGUUUACGUUGUUUUCAAAUUCAAUGUAUUUUCCACAUAGAUUCCACAUCACAAUACAUUGUGUCACAAUACAACCAGUUUGUGCCCAGUGGGUAUAGUCAUGACGUAACCGUGCUAGGCCAGGUUAUGAGUUCACCAAAUCAUUAAUAAUUUUAUGUGUUGGAUUUAUUAAGUCGUUAUUUUUUAGUUUAUUUUGCAGCAAUAGGAAUUCCAUUAAGAUACUGCAUGGCUAAGGGUGGACGUGGGGGGCGGAAUGUGAAUGUAAAAAGUGAAAAUGUUUCUGUAGGGACAUUUUGACAUGUUUUUUUGAGCUGAAUGCCCGGUGAGCCACUCUGUUUUUUUGUUUUUCCCAAAUUCCACUCCUGCAUGUUCCCCUAAUAUAAGCAAAUGGAACGCAAGACCUAGGUCUGUCAACUGUGAACUUACAUUUUUCUCUGCCUGUAUUGUGUAGGUAGGCCCUAAUGUUGAGUGCAUUUUGCGCCAUUCGAAAUGGGAUAGAGUAGUAACAAAUACUAGGCUACUAUUUUUUGUUUUACUACUGAUUUUGUCAAAUAGCAUAGGCUAACUUUUGUGUAUCCAGACAAUGAAUCAAUUAACAUAAAUCAUGUUGAGAGUUUAUUAUUAUAGAGCGACAAACCAAAAUAAUCUACAACUUUUACAUUUCACCUCUUGACCAUUUUCUUACAGUUCUCAUAGAUAUCCAUUAGACUAAACAAAUGAGGAGGUAUUUGGAAGUUGUUGGUUAAGAGUAUGUUGCUUAAUGUUGCAGGUAUUGUCCACUUUUCCUUCAAAAUGCCAUCGGUUACUCUCCACUGUCUUUUCCCUGUAAAAUAAGAAAUAGUAAGGAUUUAUUUGUAUACCACUUCAGUAUAUCAGGUAUGGUUAGUCAGAUUUAUUGUAUGAAUGCAGUAAGUUUGCUAGGCCAUCCAAUCACCUUGCCCAUGUCACGACGCUUAACCCGCAUCUUGUUGACCUGGGUCUCAGCAUUGUCAGCACGCUCUUCAGCCUCCUCCAACUCAUGCUGCACCUUCCUGAACUUGAUCAGGUGGGUAUUGGCUUGCUCCUCCUAUAAAAUGAAAUUGGAUUAAGUGUCAACAUUUUGAAGGGAGGUUAAAAACCAUGUGUGUAAACUGGUCUGGAUUGAGUUGUACUCACAGCCUCCUCCACCUGUCUCUUGUAGGCUUUGACCUUCAGCUGUAACUUGUCCACCAGUUCUUGAAGUCUAAUGAUGUUAUUUUUAUCCUCCUCAGACUGUUUUAAAACAGGACACAUUUUAUGCAGCCUAUGGCCUAUUAUGGAGAAUUCUUAAAAUUGCCAUGCACCAAAGAACUGUGGUGAUGAGGAAUUCAACGGUGCAGUUUUGCAUGCAGUGUAUCCAUCCAGCUGACAUUUACCUGAUAGGUGAGCUCCUUGAUUCUGUGCUCAUACAGCAUCUGAGGCGUGUUUCUGCUCUGACUCUAGCUCAAUCUCCAGCUCUCUCACCUGAUGGAAACCAACAACUAUUACCACCACAUAAUACAAGCAUAACAUUGUCAUCUGCAUCUUCAAUAAUAGUUAAGGUUCUAUUAUAAUCUUAACUAUACAAACACUACCCUUGUCUCCAGUUUCUGGAGUUGCUUCUUUCCACCCUUCAUGGCAAUAUUCUCUGCUUCAACUAGACGGUGCUGCAGGUCCUUGACGGUGAUCUCCAGAUUCUUCUUCAUUCUCUCAAGGUGACCACUUGUGUCCUGCUCCUUCUUCAGCUCCUCUGCCAUCAUGGACACUUACAGUAAAUAAGGCGGAACAUAGACGUACAUCAGUGAUAGCCUUUUUGGCCUUCUCCUCAGCGUUUCUGGCCUCCUGAAUACUGUCUUCCAACUCAUCCUGAAUUGAGGCGAGAUCAGCCUCAAGUUUCUUGCGAAUGUUGAUCAGGCUUGUAUUCUGUAAAAUAUGUAAUUCAGCAAAUCACCAUGGGGACAUUUUGUAUUUUUAGAUUAAAUGAGUUGUUGCUUUAGGGCUGAGGUGAUUAAGAAAGUUGAGUACUGUACCUGUGAGUGCUGUAGCUGCACUCUCUCGCUAGCACCCACUAGUUCUUGCUCAGCUGUUUUACGGCUUCUCUCAGUCUGUUCCAGAGUACCCCUCAUCUCAUCAAUUUCAGCCUGCAACAGGUUGCUCCUGCGCUCAGACAUGUCAACCUGCUCCUUCGUAUCAUCCUGUCCUCUAAUAGCAUCAUCAAGGUGGAGUUGUGCUUCCUACGGGGGAAUGAAUUGAUCAAAGUAAAUGGAAAUGGUGAAGUUUCUCCUAUAACUGCAAAACAAACAGUAUAUUUCAUGUAUGUUUGUUUCCAUCAGCUAACCUUGAGCUGAUCUUGGAUAUAUCUCAGCUGUUUUUGUGACUCACUGGCCUGCCUAUUAGCAUGGCUUAGCUGAAUCUCCAUCUCAUUGAGGUCUCCCUCCAUCUUCUUCUUAACUCGCAGGGCAUCAUUCCUGCUCCUGACCUCAGCGUCCAGAUUGGUCUGCAUGGAAUCAAUAACUCUCUGGCUGUUUCUCUUCAACUGGUCAAUCUCCUCAUCCUUUUCAGAAAUCUUUCUGUCCACCUCAGACUUCACCUGGUUCAACUCCAGCUGGGCACAGAGGAUCUUAGAUUCGUCAUGCUCUAUAGAUGCCUGAAUGGGAGUUAA